AAUAUACUUAUAUAGCGAAUCGAAUAUUGAGAUGAUCAAAGUCCAGGCCAUGGUCUAGACUAGUCUAUGGGGUUUAGAAUCUAAACUUUAGAUCUAGUCUAGAUUUUAAAUCUAUAUUUACACUUCAACUUCUAGAUCUGAACUAGAUUCUAGAUCUAGAUUCUAGAAUGCUAAAAGCUCAUUCAGUACUCAGCAAGAUGUCAUCUAGUUCCAGGGCACUUUUUCCAGCUGCAGUGUCAUCUAGGAAGUCUACUAAUGGACCAAACCAAAAAUUACCAAAAGCAGUCAUUUUUGACAUGGGAGGUGUAAUACUACCUUCUCCAUUAUACAUGUUCAGAGAUUUUGAGAAUAUUAAUGGCUUACAGAAAGGCAGUGUAACAAAGGUUAUUGUUAGCAGUGGUUCUCAAGGCGCAUGGGGUCAACUAGAAAUGGGGAAACUGAACCUAACUCAAUUUUCAGAGGCUUUCAGCAAAGAAUUAUCAGUCAAGAUUGGUAAGAAUGUUGAUGUAACAUCUCUUGUGAAUGAGAUGAGAAAAGGCAUUGGUUCACCAUUUCCAGUAAUGAUUGAUGCCAUACAGUGUGUUAAAGGAGAAGGCAUCAAAACUGCCCUUCUAACUAACAACUGGUUUCUGGAUGAUAGGAAAACGCAAACGCUAUGUCCCCUGGAUAAAAAUUUAUUUGAUGUGAUUGUAGAAUCCUGCAUUGUUGGUAAUCACAAGCCAGAUCCAAAAAUCUUCCAGACAUGCCUCCAGGAGCUGCAGGUGCAGCCAGAAGAAGCAGUCUUUCUAGAUGACUUGGGCCAAAACCUUAAGGCAGCUCAACUGUUGGGCAUACAAACUAUCAAAGUGACUAGCCCUGAUCAAGCAAUCUCAGAUUUAGAAAAGUUGUUGGGUUACGGCCUUCGACAAUUUGUUCCUGGAACUACUCACAUACCAGGACACCUUGAGAUAAAUAUUUUAAGUUUGGAAAAUUACCUCAAGUCACUUGGUCUGCAGGAUUCUUCGCCACCUGUAGUGAAAGUCUUUGAACAUGGCCAGUCCAACCCAACCUACUAUGUCUCCUAUGGAGGUCAGAAAAUGGUUCUUAGAAAGAAACCACCAGGUCAACUACUCCCAUCUGCUCAUGCUGUGGACAGAGAAUAUAAAGUCAUGUCGGCAGUUGGUAAAGAUAAGGUUUCAGUGCCCUGCAUGAUAGCAUUCUGUCAGGAUGAAAGUGUUCUAGGCACACAGUUUUAUCUGAUGGAUUAUCUUGAAGGGAGAAUAUUCAAAAGUAUAAAGUUACCUGAAGUACCAAAGGAAAGCAGAAGGGAAAUUGUAAUGGCUAUGGUUGAUGUUCUGAGCAAGAUUCACUCUGUGGAUAUAGACAAAGUAGGUCUGUCUGACUACGGCAAGAAAGGACAGUUUUGUGAACGCAACUUCAAGCGCUGGGCAACUCAGUAUGAGCUGAGCAAGACUCAUGAAAUCCCCUCAAUGUCAUUGUUGAUGAGCUGGUUGUCUGAUCGCAUGCCAGAAAAAGAAAAAGUCUCAGUCAUCCAUGGGGACUUCAGGCUGGACAACUUAAUGUUCCACACAGAAAGAUCAGAGGUCAUUGCUGCUAUUGAUUGGGAGUUGUCCACUCUUGGGGAUCCGUUGAUUGACUUGGCAAACAGUGUUUUAGCAUAUUACUCUCCACCAGACAGUCCACUCACAGCGGGUUUGGUGGGAGAAGAUUUAGAGUCUCUAGGUCUUCCCACAAUUUCUGAGAUCUUGAAUAAAUAUUGCCUCCUCACUAAGCAACCACCCAUUGACAACUGGGACUUUUAUGUGGCCUAUUCUUUUUUUAGAGGUGCUGCAAUAUUGCAAGGUGUCUACAAGCGGGCAAUAUCAGGUCAGUCAAGUUCCUCAAACUCAAAGCGUGUGGGUGCUUACGCUUCUGUAAUGGCUGAUAUUGGUUGGAGCAUUGCCUCCAAGAGCAGCUUGAAGCCCAACAAGACUGUUGCCACCUCAAAUACAAGUGCCACCCAGACACGUCAGUUUUCUACCAUUAGCUUCACUGGCCGACGACCUGUAAUGUCUACACUGUCUCGAUCUUUGACUUCUGGCUCAAGUGCUUCUUCUCAAGUUGGACUAAUGGCUGUGAGUGUUGAGGGUCUCUCUCCAGCAGUUCAAGACCUACACAGACGCGUGAAACAGUUUAUUCAGACUCAUGUCCUGCCACUGGAAGAUGUUCACAAGGAGCGUGAAGCUCAAAAAGGAGACAGAUGGACUGUAAUGCCAGAAAUAGAAGCCGCAAAAGCCAAGGCCAAGGCAGAAGGAUUAUGGAACCUGUUUUUACCUCUUGAGUCAGACCCUGAUAAGAAAUAUGGAGCAGGACUGACCAACUUGGAGUAUGCAUUCCUGUGUGAAGAGAUGGGCAAGUGUAUGUUGGCACCUGAGGUGUUUAACUGCAGUGCCCCUGACACAGGUAACAUGGAGACACUUGUCAAGUACGGCAAUGAGGAACAAAAAGAGAAAUGGCUGAAACCACUUCUAGAUGGGAAAAUUCGAUCAUGUUUUGCUAUGACAGAGCCAGCAGUAGCAUCAUCUGAUGCCACCAACAUUGAGUCUUCGAUUAGAAGAGAAGGUGAUCAUUACAUCAUGAAUGGUCACAAAUGGUGGACUUCAGGUGCUUUAGAUCCAAGAUGUAAAAUCUGUAUUUUUAUGGGGAAAACCAACACAUUGGCAGAAAAACAUCUGCAACAGUCUAUGAUACUGGUUCCCAUGGACACACCAGGGAUUAAAAUUGUUCGUCCUCUGACCGUUUUUGGAUUUGAUGACGCACCUGAGGGCCAUGGUGAAGUCAUUUUUGAAAAUGUUCGUGUACCGGUUUCAAAUAUUCUGCUUGGCGAAGGUCGAGGAUUUGAAAUUGCUCAAGGCCGACUAGGUCCAGGUCGUAUCCAUCAUUGUAUGAGGCUAAUAGGUCAUGCUGAAAGAGCUUUGUCUUUGAUGAUUGACAGGACCAUGAACAGAGUUGCCUUUGGUAAACCUUUAGCAGCUCAAGGAUCUAUUCAACAAGACAUUGCCAAGUCUAGAAUACAAAUUGAACAGUGCCGACUAUUGGUUCUUAAGGCUGCCUACAUGAUGGAUCUCUAUGGGAAUAAGGUGGCUGCCCCUGAAAUUGCCAUGAUCAAAGUGGCUGCUCCAAAUAUGGCACUUGAUGUCAUCGACAGGUCUAUACAGGCUCAUGGUGGAGCAGGAUUAGACCACACCCUGCCUCUAGCUCACUCCUUCGCCACUGCCAGAACAUUGAGACUUGCUGAUGGACCAGAUGAAGUACAUUUGAGAACCAUUGCCAAGAUGCAGUAUGCCAAAGCAAAGAAAGCAAAUUUGUAGCCACUGUGUAACAUGUUUACUUGCAUAACAUGAAACAGACAAUUUUUUUGUUGUUGUUCAGUGAUUCCAUAAAUGUCCGAAUUAUGAUGUCAUGGAUCUGUGUGGGAAGUGAUAUUUUAUAGUAUUUAAUAUUUCUUGUCUAUAAAAAACUUUUGCAUUAUAUUAAUAUGCUUUUGUAUAUUAUACUUCAUGUUUAAUUUUUGCUGCAGCAUUUUUUGUUUUCAUUUCAGAUGCGCAUUUAACAUCAGAAAGUUGUUGUUCUUUGUCUUUUGAUUAUAAUCAUGCUCUAAAAAUAGUUCAAUUUAAAUAGAAAUAUAGGGAAUGAAAGACCUUGAUUUAAGGUAUAAGGAAAGAAAGUUGCUACCUAAGUAGAUGUGAGCUGGUUCUUCAUAAUAAUGAACAAGUAUGAAUUGUUCUGUAUUUCUUAGACUCAAUACAAGACCUUAUUUCUAGCAAUCAUUCUUUCUAUAAAUGCAGAUUACACUAUCAACAUUGACAUUCUUUGAUUGCACUCCACUGGUUUCAAUGUUAACUCAAAUUCACUUCAGUGUCUUUUGGUUGUUGUACAGAAUCUUAUAAUUGAUGGCCAAAUUACAAUUGUAAAUAAAUAUAUUUAGUGUAAAAUGACCAUUUUAAAUAAUAUUUAUAGUGUAAAUUUGCUUGACCACUAGCCUUUUAUGUAUGUAGAGUUGCAAGAGCUUUAUUAUACCAAAUCUUAUGCCACUCUUUAGUUUCCCUGUUAUCUUUCCCCUUCUGAAACCUGGAUAUUUAACUUUAUUAUUAUUUUUAACAUAUUAUUGCGAAACAAGGAUUAGAUUAGAUGAAGGGGUGUGUUUCCUUCCAUAUGCAUCUUUUUUAACUAGAUGCUAGAACAACUAGAUCAAAGUACAUUCAGACAUAAAUACAUGUUGUUCUAUAGACUGUUUCAUUAUUGUCAGUAUCUUUUUUGUUUCAGUAUUUUCAAAAGUCUAAACAUAUUGACAUAAGUCGACUUUCUGUCAAUGAUUUUGAAAAGACUUGAAGAAAAUAUUUUUAGUUCAUUUUUGCAUGUCAAAAAUUAUUACAAGUGAUAACUCUCAUUCACUUAUUACCAAGAACUAAAAUGGCGGCACAGAGGUCUAUGGGGGCAGAUGAUGUAAAGGUGGUGGUUAACAAUGGUGUCAUGUUGCUAGCACAAUAACCAACCCCUUUACUGUCUAAACAUAUUCCACAUACCCAUGAGAUUUUGGUGGAUUCACGGGCACCCUAAAAAUCCUGAAAUUUAAAAUCCCAGUCUUCAUAUGCUAGGACAAAUGUGUACAAAUACUCCUUCUUCCCUAGUGCUAUUAGAACAUAGAAUGGUUUGCCUGAGCUAGCCAGGAAAACCAGUGACUUGGCAGAAUUUAAGUCAUUGGUUAAUAUGCAUGACUAAAUGCAUGACGUGUAGGAAGUAAUCAUCUUCUUUUUUUGAAGUAACGUCUGUAUUAUAUAAGAUAAGAUUCAAACUUGAGACCCCCCCCCCUCUGAUUUGAAGCCAAGCAAUUUACCAUUCAGCCAGCAUGCCCCUGAUCUAAGAAAUAACUGGCUUAACAUUAUUAUAAUGAAUUGAAUGCCUUAAAAAAUGUUAUUUGAAUUUUUUAAAUGUAGUUAAUAAUUGAUGACUUAUAAUUAAGAAAUGUAAUCUAUACAAUUAAUAUAUAAUUUAAAAUGGUUGCAAUGACUACUUGUUUAUUUGUGAUACUCUGGUCCAUAGACUGUGUAGAGCCCUACUUACAGAAUGUUGGAGAGAAAAAACAAACACAAAUUGAAAAUAAAGAAAUCAAUUUUA